UUCAAGCUGACCAGUGAGGACUAUCCGUGUGUGUGUGUGUGUGUGUGUACACUUUGUGUGUGUGUGUGUUUGCAAGAGGACAAACAGGCUCUGCGAUGAGAAGAAGAAGAAGAAGCAAGAGUGCCUCGCCAUAGCUGGGAACUGCUGACUCUGCACUUUUGCGGCUUCUUCUCUAGUGUGACCUCUGACCUUCAGGCUCUUCACAGGAGCGCCAUGGAGACCGCAGCAUGUGGAGGUCACCUGAAGUGACCUGUGGGGGCGUCCGCACGCAAAUGAACCGGACCCAUAGCGCCCUGCUUGGCGUCGGCCUGCCCCCUUCCCCCCCUCCUCCUCCACCUCCUUCUUCAUCCUUCUCCAGUCACUUCAGCACCAUGAGGUUCUCCUACCAUCUCCACAACAGUGCUGGCUGUGGGACAGGUCAGUCACUGCAACAACAACAAUAAGCUUGUGUGUGUGUGUGUGUGGAAGGGGUUAGUAGUUCAGUGUGUCAAGAACGGGUUUGAGACCACCGGGUGCUGUCCGAACCCCACUAAAACCCCAGUAGUCAUAGUAGUAGUAGUCAUCAUUGUAGUAGUACUACUAGUAGUAGUAGUAGUGUCUCCCAAGACACAACUGUUGGUCACAUGACAGGAAGUGGGGUUGUCCGAGCCCCACUAAAACCCCAGUAGUCAUAGUAGUAGUAGUAGCAUUUCUAGUAACAGUAGUAGUCAUCAUUGUAGUAGUAGUAGUACUAGUACUAGUAGUAGUACUACUACUAGUAGUAGUAGUAGUGUCUCCCAAGACACAACUGUUGGUCACAUGACAGGAAGUGGGGUUGCCCGAGCCCCACUAAAACCCCAGUAGUCAUAGUAGUAGUAGUAGUAGUAGCAGCAUUUCUAGUAACAGUAGUAGUCAUCAUUGUAGUAGUACUACUAGUAGUAGUAGUGUCUCCCAAGACACAACUGUUGGUCACAUGACAGGAAGUGGGGUUGUCCGAGCCCCACUAAAACCCCAGUAGUCAUAGUAGUAGUAGUAGCAUUUCUAGUAACAGUAGUAGUCAUCAUUGUAGUAGUACUACUAGUAGUAGUGUCUCCCAAGACACAACUGUUGGUCACAUGACAGGAAGUGGGGUUGUCCGAGCCCCACUAAAACCCCAGUAGUCAUAGUAGUAGUAGUAGCAUUUCUAGUAACAGUAGUAGUCAUCAUUGUAGUAGUACUACUAGUAGUAGUGUCUCCCAAGACACAACUGUUGGUCACAUGACAGGAAGUGGUGGGGUUGUCAAGCAAAAACUAUAUGAAAAGCUAUAGCUGAAUGUCCUGACCGCCUUGUGAUGUCAUAAGAUGUAUACCAUGUUGUCAUGGUGAUGUCAUCAUUACCUUCCCAGCAUGCAGCUGGGCACAUGUGAAGGCUAAAAAUAGCUUCAGCUGCUGCUGCUGGAUGGAAAUGACAAGUGGGACACUUUGAUUUAGCACUGCCCCUGCCUGCUGCUACCUCCAACUUUUAUUUAUUGUGUGUGUGUGUGUGUGUGUGUGUGUAAGCUCGAAGGUCCAAGGCUGAGCAGACAGAUGAGUGGAGUUGUUUUUAGGUCUACACAGGAGGGGGUUGGAGCACUUUUAAUUGAAUGACUCUCAGCUUCCUGUCUCUUGUCUUUGAUAGUGGACAUCUGGGGUGUGUUUGUUUUCAUCAACCUGGCUCGUGAAGAGAGAUAUCUCAUAGGAGGAACCUUUGAAUGCAACCACUCAGUGGUGGCCAUCUGCCUCGAGCAGUUGGAUUUAGUGCUCAUCGGAAGAAAUGGAAGUCGUUUUGUGCUUUUACUUUGAAAGUCAGCCAGCAAGGAACUGUUUGUCCAUGAUCACUCAGAAAGAGCUAUAGAGGAUGGCUUUAGAGUUUAUGGGAAAAGUCUAUUCCCGAGGACCCGAGUGAGCCCACAGGAGGUCCAGUGGUGGGGCAUUGGAGAAGCUAAACCUUCUGGAGAUUCAAAUGUGCUUUGUGGACUUUGUGGGCUCCAGAAGUGUAAGGUAUACAUGGACCUUCUGGUCCUGUACAGUAGUGGUUCACAUGUAAGUCCAACUUGAGACUCUCAAACAUAUCACCGAUUCCGUCUUCAUGGAUAGAACUUGUAGAAGAACCCAAGGUGGUCUUCAUCAAGAUGCCAAUAUCUGUCCUGUAUCUUUUCACUACACUGAGCAGAGGCUAAUGCUAGGCUAAUGCUAGCCAGGAGCGCUGUAAAGGAGGCGGAGCUAGGUCAUUUCCAAGGGCCCUUAAUGCUAGCUGAUAGCUAAAUGCUAAUUCAUUCAUUUUCUACCGCUUUUUCCUCACGAGGGUCGCGGGGGGUGCUGGAGCCUAUCCCAGCUGUCUACACCUGGACUGGUGGCCAGCCAAUCACAGGGCACAUAUAGACAAACAACCAUUCACACUCACAUUCAUACCUAUGGACAAUUUGGAGUCACCAAUUAACCUAGCAUGUUUUUGGAAUGUGGGAGGAAACCGGAGUACCCGGAGAAAACUCACACAUGCACGGGGACAACAUGCAAACUCCACACAGAGAUGGCCGAGGGUGGAAUUGAACCCUGGUCUCCUAGCUGUGAGGUCUGCACGCUAAAUGCUAAAUGCUAAAUGCUAAUGACACAUAUAAAUAUCACCUGAGGUUAACCUUCCAGGGGUGUUCUUAAUGUUUUGGCGUGAUCAUCAGUCAAUUGCUUCUGUACAUUUUAGUUCAUAUCGUUGUCAUGGAAACCGAAGUGGAAGAGAAGAAGACACCCCCGCCUCCUCCCCCGUGUCUCUCUCUCUCUCGCUUUCUCGCUCUCUCUCUCUCUCUGUCUCUCCGGUCAGUCCACUGACUCAAAUCAAGCGCCUCUAACCCACUUCUCUAUCUCUCUCUUCUCGCUGCGGCUCCGGCUCGGUUCGUUUCGUUCCGGGCCGUGCCGAACCGAGCCUGUGUGUGCAUGCUCGCGCGUGGACCGGAGGCGGUGUGUCGUUGUUCUCCGUGCAUGUGGACCGGGCGAGCCGCGGUCUGCCCGAAGCAACAUCGUCGUUCAUGAGUGGACUGGUGCUGUGCUGCGCGAUGUACAUGGACAGAAGCAGCCUGAGCACAGGUCCCUCCUCCAGUCCUAGCUUGCUGGCUAAAGGUCUCUCUCUGGAGCCUCCUUGUAGCCACCAGGGGGCGCUGGAUGCUGAGGCCCCCCAGCAGACCACCUGCUCCUCAUCGGGUCCAAGCCUGGAAGGAGGUGCUCCUCUCGCAGAGCUUCUGGAGGUGAACAAAACAGGACCACCGCAGUUGCCGGCAUGCACGUUGACACCAGCGAGUAGGAGACGACCUGCUGUGCUGGGACCGAAACCUCAAGUCCCACCCAAGCCCCCGCACUUACAACAGCAGGCCGGAGCUUUGAGGUCUCGACCUCGAGCUCCGGACAAGCCUCUUCCUCCUCCCCCGCCCGGUAGACCCCUUCCGACAGACCCUCGGCGAACUCCGCCCCCUCGCGCAGAUGACCACGCCUCCCCGACCUGCGUGCUGUCGCUUAUUGAGAAAUUUGAGCGCGAGCAGAUCAUCAUGGUUCCUGACAUCACCGGGGGGGCUCUGUGUCCCCGCCUCCUCGACUCCGCUUCUUCCCGACCUUCAUCCCCACCGUCAUCAGGUCCUCCCCGCACUGAGGAGGAUGAAGAGGAGGAAGACCUCGCCUCUCACGAGGAUGUGAUACAGGAAAAUGAGAAGCUGGCUCAGGGGGAGGAGCCACAAAUAGAAAGAGACCUGGAAGAUGACCUGAUUGAGCAUCCACCUGUGGACCAAUCAGAAGCCCCGCCCGAGCGUUUGUCCCUCCCUUCCUCACAGACUGACGGAAAGCUAGCCAAUCGCGACAGUGGCAUCGACAGUAUCAGCUCGCCGUCACACAGCGAGGAGCUCUGCUUUGUGGGUGUGGACGAGGGGGGCGGAGCUUAUCCCUGUGUCCUGCCUCGCCUCUCCAGCUCAUCCUCGUACGCCGGCGAGGACGGCGGGGCCAGAAGGCGAGACCUCUCUGAGGAUGCUGACAGCGACCUGGAGGAAGAAGAGGAGGCGGAGCUGACGCUUGUGAUGCCGCCCCCACGACAGGACUUGGCUGAGCUCUCUGUCCAACAGAGAGUGUUCCACAUCGCCAAUGAGCUUCUUCACACCGAGAUCUCCUACGUGUCUAAGCUGCAUCUCCUGGACCAGGUCUUCUGUGCCAGACUCCUGGAGGAGGCGCGCUCCCGCUCGUCCUUCCCUUGCGAUGUGGUCCACGGAAUCUUCUCCAACAUCUGCUCCAUCCAUUGCUUCCACCAGCAGUUUCUCCUGCCCGCCCUGCAGAAACGCAUGGAGGAAUGGGACUCAAACCCACGCAUCGGAGACAUCCUCCAGAAGCUGGCGCCAUUUCUGAAGAUGUACGGCGAGUAUGUGAAGAAUUUCGACCAUGCCAUGGAGCUGCUCAACACAUGGAUGGAGAGGUCGGCUCAGUUCAAGAGCAUCAUCCACGCCAUCCAGAGGGACGAGCGCUGCGCUAAUCUGACGCUGCAACAUCACAUGUUGGAGCCGGUCCAAAGAAUUCCUCGUUAUGAACUCCUGCUCAAAGAUUACCUUCACCGCCUGCCUGACGACGCCCCCGACUACAAGGACGCUCAGAAGUCGUUGGAGCUUAUCGCCACGGCAGCAGAACAUUCCAAUGCCGCCAUCAGGAAGAUGGAGCGAAUGAGGAAGCUGCUGAAGGUCUACGAGCUGCUAGGUGGAGAAGAGGAUAUCGUGAACCCGACCAAUGAGCUCAUCAAGGAGGGACACAUUCUCAAACUGUCCAAUAAGAACGGCACAUCGCAGGACCGCUACCUCAUCCUGUUCAAUGACAGGCUGCUCUACUGCGUUCCCAAGCUACGUCUGAUUGGCCAGAAGUACGGCGUUCGCGCUCGCAUUGACGUGGACGGCAUGGAGCUGAAAGAGAUAAGCAGCGCUGCGGUUCCUCGGACGUUCCUGGUUUCGGGAAAACAGCGUUCGCUCGAGCUGCAGGCCAGGACAGACGAGGAUAAGAAGGACUGGAUUCAGGCCAUCCAGGCGACCAUCCAGAGACAUGAGCACACCAUGGAGACGUUCCGUCAGCUGACAUGUUCCCUGCGAGAUGACGAAGCCACGCCCCCUCACUCCCCGAGCUGUGCGGAGCUGGGCAAGCGAGCACCAACGCCAAUCCGUGAAAAGGAAGUGACGCUGUGCAUGAAGUGCCAGGAAGCCUUCAACGCCAUCACCAAGCGACGCCAUCACUGCAAGGCCUGUGGUCACGUGGUUUGUGGAAAGUGUUCCGAAUUCCGUGCUCGCCUCUCAUACGACAACAAUCGCACCAACCGCGUGUGUGUGGACUGCUACGCCAUGUUGGUGGGCGUGUCCCCGACGCCAUCCGUCAUGGCCACUGCUGGCCUGAGGAGGCGUUCCAUCCUGGAGAAACAAGCCUCGCUGGCGGCUGAGAACAGCGUCAUAUGCAGCUUCCUGCAUCAUAUGGAGAAAGGUGGGGGGCGAGGCUGGCAGAAAGCGUGGUUUGUUAUUCCCGAAAACGAGCCACUGGUACUCUACAUCUACGGCGCCCCUCAGGACGUGAAGGCGCAGCGUAGCGUUCCGCUCAUCGGCUUUGAGGUGUCGCUCCCAGAGUCAUGUGACCGGCUGGAGCGUCGGCAUACCUUCAAGAUCUGCCAGAGUCACCUGACGCUCUACUUCAGCGCAGAAGGGGAGGAGCUUCAGCGUCGCUGGAUGGACGUGCUCUCGAGGGCCGGGAAAGGGGAGGAGCCUCAGGCCCACCAGCCAAUCGUAGAGAGCGUGGAAGAGGAGGAAGGGGAGGAGCUGGCAGAGGGCGACGUUGACAACACGUGAUUUGAUUAGGAGUGGUGCUGGGGGCGGGGUCAUUUCAUGUGCAUGACUCCACCUGUCCAGUGGUAUGGGCGGAGCCUCCUUGUUCCACUUGUGACAUCACAGCUGACUCAAAGCACAAUCAUCAUCCACAUCCUGCAACCAUCACAAUCAAGCUGUCAGAGACCCCGCCCAUCUUUUUUUUUUUUUUAAACACUAAAUUUAAAAGAGGUCAAACCUUAAUAACCCUUUGACCUUCAUGUGUCAUUGCUCUGAGGUCCUCCGCUGGCUCAGUUCGGUACUGCACAUGCUUUAUGGACGUAUACCUGUUUCAUCAUCGAUUUCUGCUGAGUCAGCAAAUUAUUUUUUUAUGUCAUUGUAGUGUUCAUGUCAUCAGUCAGUAUUCAAAUAUAGAAAAAAAUGACGUUAAACUAAGUGAUAUGAACUUUGACCUUUGGAGGAGAAACUAGAAAUUAGACCAUCUGAUGCGUGGGCUCUCAUGACCUCUGACCCUUGGACAGUGUUUGCUAGUAAUGCUCUUCUUGGUGUAGUUGGAUGUGUGUGUCUUUGUUGUUUCCUUGAUGCCAAAAGAAAAGUACACAUUCAAACUAUAGUCCACUUUUGUAAAUAUAAUUUAUUUACCUGUAACCUUCAGGCAACGUCAAAGGUGCCCGUUUGCCGCUAGCCCUGCUUAGCAGUGAGCGGACAUAGUUUUUUUGGGGGAGGCGGCUAAGCUAGGCUAAUGUUAUCGUGGACACAGAACGUGUUUGUGUGAAAGUGUUCAUUUUUUUCCCAACUUGAGCUUCAGCCGCCUCACUGGCCUUCACAGCGUGUUCUUGUUAGCGUGUGCUCCCUCAGUGACCUUACAACUGGACAUUCACUGACCUUAAAAUGGACAUUUAUUGUCAAGGUUCUGACAAAAUCUGUCCAUGUGAAGCCGGGCCGACCCACAAAGUGAUAAAGGACGGUGUUUUAGUAACGGCAACAUGGUGCUGAAUGCUAGAUUAGUGUUUUUCAUCGUUUCAUGGCAUGCUAGCCAGGAGGCUUCAUGUCACGUGAAGGCUUCGUUAUGCUACAGCGUCGUCACUACGCCGGCUCUUCUAACAGCAUCUUGAUUCUAUUAUGGCGCUCGUGCACGGGUUGGACACGUCACUUACAAUUCUUUGUCAAAAUGCUAGGGGGCAGUGUUUUCCUGCAAUGUCGCAACAACACUCUUGGUGGCUAGCUAUUUAGCUUCCUUUGCAGUAGAAGAGAACAACGGCAAAUGAAGUGACACGCACAUUGUUGUUGUAGUGGGAACUCAUUAAUUUUACUGUACAAUUGCUCAUAUUUAUAUCACAUUCAUAUAACUGCUAAUAUUUGAAUAUUGCAUAUUUCAUUCAUAUUUCAGUUAUACGUUUUUGGCGGUGUCGGUGAACCUCAAACAUCGCCGGAGAGGGGGAGGGACUUACGCUGGCGCUGUGACAGUGUAGCAUGAUGAAGACUUGACUCGCGACUGGUGCAUGUCGACGAGAGUUUACAUAUGGGUCACAAGGUAGCGCUGGGAAUUGAGCUGCCUUACACCUCCCGAGUGAACUUGUUGUGUCCAAUGAGACAAGUGGCGGUCUUAUUGUUAUUAUUGUUGUUUCUAUUUUUACACGUGUUACAACCUGUAAAAUGGCAGCCAGACAAACUUAAUAUUAUAUUGCAAUGUUUAAAGGACUUCCUGUCAGCAGCUGUUAAAGGGGAACUGCAUUUUUUUUUCAGAAUUUUGCGAAACAUGAACACAUUUCUUUCCCUUUUCUGUGCAUUCUAGCGCAAAAAAACGCUAUGUAUGUUAUGUAUGUAAUGUAAAAAAAAAAUGCAGUUCCCCUUUAAGGAAACAAUCACAAGCUAAAAUGACAUUGUAUUGCUGUGGUAUCUUGCCUUGUGUUGCCAUGGUAACCGUCAGGCUCCCGAAACUUGCUCUUCUUCGAUGUCCCACAGCUUGUGAUGUCUUGUUGCCAUGGUGACCUCCAAGUUCCAGUGCUGCUGAGUUGCCCUGACAACCAAAAAAGCGGUUGAUUAUUGAUAACAGAUUAUUGGUUAGUGGCCGGCCACUGCCUUCCUUUCAGCUGGUGUGUAUGACAUGAAAAUAAAGUAUUGAAAGGACCGGACUACUGCUGUCAUAACUACAGUUUACUUUGCAAU